AUGAGUAAUUUGAUUUCCGAUAAUUUGGGUGUUACUGCCCAUUUGCCAUCAUCAAAUUUAAACGAUUUUUCACCAUUUGAUCAAUCACAAUUGAAUACAAUGGCAAAUGAAGAAAAUUUUGAUGAUGAUGAUGACGCUUCCUACCAUGAGCAUCAACUUCGAUUGGCACAUGCUGCUCAUGUUGGUGCUUUAGUUGAUAGCGAAGUAGAAGAAGAAGAAGAAGAAGAAGUGGAUGAGGAAAUUCUACAACAGUGCGAACAUGCAUGUGCUUAUUGUGGAGUCCACACACCCAACUCAGUUAUCAAGUGCAAUACUUGUAACAAGUGGUUUUGUAAUUCCAAAGCCAAUUCAACAAGUUCACAUAUUGUGACCCAUUUGGUCAUGUCACGUCAUAAUCAAGUUAGUUUACAUGAAGAGUCAGACUUAGGAGAAACUACAUUGGAAUGUUAUAACUGUGGGAACAAGAAUGUGUUUAUGUUGGGAUUUGUCUCUGCUAAACAAGAAUCGGUGGUUGUUAUUUUGUGUCGAUUACCAUGUGCUCGAUCAAAGGAUAUUAAUUGGGAUACUAGUCAUUGGCAAGCAUUGAUUGAAGAUCGUCAGUUUCUCUCAUGGUUAGCUCCACCACCAGCUGAAGAUGCAUUGAUUAAUUCGGUUAUGGUUACACCACAACAAAUUACCAAGUUGGAAGCACAAUGGAGAUUGAAUAGAAAUGCCACUAUAAACGAUAUAGAAAACACUGAUAAACAAGAGGAGGAAGUUUUACCAAUUUUAAUGAGAUAUACUGACGGGUUUCAAUAUCAACGCUCAUUUGGUCCCUUGGUGAAAUUGGAAGCUGAUUAUGACAAGAAUUUAAAGGAAUCUCAGGCUUUAGAACAUAUUCAAGUGAAAUGGGCAUUGGGGUUGAAUAAUAGACAUUUGGCUUCUUUCACUCUUUCUACUUUUGAAACUACUGAUUUGAAGGUUGCUGUUGGUGAUGAAAUUAUUUUAAGGUAUAGUGGAAGUCAAGGUGAUGCUUGGCAAGGUCAGGGUUUUAUCCUUAGAUUACCAAACUCAUAUCAGGAAGAAUUCACUUUGGAAUUGAAUCCAUCUAAAGUUGCUCCACCAACUCAUUUAACUACUGAUUUCACUGCUGAGUUUGUUUGGAAGGGGACUUCGUAUGAUCGUAUGCAGCAAGCUAUGAAGGAUUUUGCAACUAAUGAUGAUUCGGUUUCAUCAUUUAUCUAUCACAAAUUAUUAGGCCAUGAUGUUGCUCCAGUUGAAUUUGAUAUUGAAUUGCCCAAAAGAUUUUCCCAUCCUAAAUUGACAGAAUUGAAUGUAUCACAAGCAAAUGCCGUUAGAUCAGUUUUGCAAAGACCAUUGUCUUUGAUUCAAGGCCCGCCGGGCACAGGUAAAACCGUUACUUCAGCAACUAUUGUUUACCAUUUGUCAAGGUUGAAUAAGGAGAAAAUCUUGGUUUGUGCCCCAUCCAAUGUUGCUGUCGAUCAUUUAGCAGCAAAAUUGGACUCAUUGGGUUUGAAUGUUGUUCGGCUAACGGCAAAGUCAAGAGAAGAUGUUGAAAGUUCUGUUAGUCACUUGGCCUUGCAUAAUAUUGUUAAUAAGACAGCUAAGGGAGAAUUGAAAAAGUUGAUAAAGUUAAAGAAUGAAGUUGGUGAAUUAUCAGCUGAGGAUUCAAAGAAAUACAUCAAGCAUUUGCGGUCAUCAGAGUUGAAGAUCUUGAAUAAAUGUGAUGUUGUUUGUUGUACUUGUGUUGGUGCUGCUGAUAAACGAUUAUCUCAGUUUAAAUUUAGAACCGUGUUGGUGGAUGAAAGUACUCAAGCUUCAGAACCUGAGGUGUUAAUUCCUAUAGUAAAAGGAGCCAAGCAAGUCAUUCUUGUUGGUGAUCAUCAACAAUUGGGUCCCGUGAUUUUGGAUAGAAAAGCAGCAGAUGCUGGAUUGAAGCAAUCACUUUUUGAACGAUUGGUUUUUCUUGGACAUGUUCCAAUCAGAUUGGAAGUUCAAUAUAGAAUGCAUCCUUGUUUAUCGGAGUUCCCUAGUAAUAUGUUUUAUGAAGGAUCAUUACAAGAUGGUGUCACCAAUGCUGAUCGAGUAGUGGCUGAUUCAUCAUUCCCAUGGCCAGUUAUUGAUACACCAAUGAUGUUUUGGGCUAACUAUGGACGUGAAGAGUUGAGUAGUAGUGGAAACUCCUAUUUAAAUAGAGUUGAAGCCAUGAAUGUUGAAAGGAUUAUCACUCGAUUGUUUAAAGAUGGUAUUAAACCAGAACAAAUUGGUGUUAUUACUCCCUAUGAAGGACAACGAGCAUAUUUAGUACAAUUUAUGUCAAUGAAUUCAACAUUGUUGAAUAAGCGUGAUGAAUAUCUUGAAGUUGAAAUCACCAGUGUUGAUGCAUUCCAAGGUCGUGAAAAAGAUUUCAUUAUCCUUAGUUGUGUUCGUGCUAAUGAUACACAAAGUAUUGGGUUUUUAAGUGAUCCAAGAAGAUUGAAUGUUGCUUUAACCAGAGCCAAAUAUGGAUUAUUAGUUCUUGGUAAUCCUCGAGCUUUGAGUAGGAAUAGAUUAUGGAAUCAUUUAUUGGUUCAUUUUAGAGAAAAGGGAUGUUUGGUGGAUGGGCCAUUGGAUAAUUUGCAGUUGUCAAUGGUUCAAUUAAAUAAUUAUACUACCGCUAAUCGGAACUUGAAGCCGGGCGCCACCAAUCAAAAGAAACCGUAUCAUGGACUUGGUGCACCUUCUACUAACUUUUCAACGACAAAUUUCGAUUCUAUUUCAAAUGUCGGUGCUGGUGGAAAUGAUGUACCAUACCAAUCAAGAUUGAAAAAUGAGCUUUGGCCGGCAUUAAAUCAACAUAGUCAAGAUGGAGAACAGAAUGAUGAUUCUGCUGGUGGCGGAGAAGUGUAUUACAAUGAGUCUAAUUCAAUUAGUGCUAAUUUCUAUUCUAAAUUGAAUAAAUUGGAAAAGAGUUUUGCUAAUGGUGGAAAUCGAUAUGCCGAUGAGAAUAUUGAGGAUGAGAUCAAGAGUAUAACUAGUUCGUUUGCUGCUGGAUUGAACUUUUAG